AUGAUGUUUAAGCAAAACUCUUUCCUCCCAAUUCUGCUGGGUGCGAAUCUUGUGUCUGCAGUUCCUACCCAAAUUGUAAAACGUACUACACCAGUCAUAGCCAAUUACGAAGACAUUACCUUUUCCGGAAUUCCCUUCGUAACCAGCAACAAACCGCUUCCCUUCUACCAACAAUUAUCCUACACCGGAUUCCUUGCCAUCAGUGAAGAUCCCCUUGAAGAUCCGCUUAUACACCCCAAUGGGUUUCAAUCCGUCGUUAGCCAGAACUUCUCGUCCAUCUCCGCCCAAUAUACAGGCUCACCUGUUUCUGCAUUUAUUCCGGCUUCGGCUUAUUUUGGUUGUUAUCUCAGCACUUCUUCAGCUGUAGCUCCUUCAAUCUCGUGCACAGUACAGGUUACUGCUUAUCAAUCCGAUGGAACACAAUAUCCUACCCAAGCGAAUUGCAAUUAUGGCGGUAUUGGAACUUUGCAACACUGUACAUUCCCAACUUCCUGGACAAAUGUUGGCAAAUUGCAAUUCAGCAUCAUUACCUCCACAAUUCUAUCAACAGUAGGCAAUAGUCUCGGGAAUCUCCUCGGAAACCUAGGUGCCAGCAUCGGAACGAUCAGUCUCUUCGUCGAUGAUUUCGUCUCAACAUAGAAGUGUAUUCCCGGACAAGUUAACUUAGAAGCAACAGGUCAAUGUAUUCCUGCAGUCACUUCCCGAUCAAACACCGAAUUGGUAACAAAAACUUCCGGAGAAGUUCUCAAUGAUUACGAAAGUAUUCCCAUCGGCGGUAUCCCUCAACUCACCAGCAGCGUCUCCCUAACCUCUUACAACCAACUCACCUACGGCGGUACAUGGCGUGCCAUUAUGAAAACCGGCGCUGCUGCUCUUUUGCAACAAAUCUACGGUCAGCAGGCCGCUGUCGGGUUUAACGGCUCGACUAUCACAUCUGUCUAUCUCGCUUCUCCUAUUACAUCCUUCAAAGCCAAUUAUGCAAAUUUUGCAUGCUAUCUUACUACCAUGACGGGUGUGAGUCCGAGGGUUGCGUGUACGGUGCAAGUUACGGCAUUCAAGACGGAUGGGUCGACGUAUGCGGAUGGGGCGGGGUGUGCGUAUGAUGGGUUGGGACUUGUCGAACAAUGCACAUUCCCCAGCACAUGGACAAACGUUGCAAAGCUCUCCUUCCAAAUCAUCGCAUCUGAGAUUUUACAAGAGGUGGGUCCGUCUCUAGGAGGAUUGAUUGGAAUGGUGGGAUCGAUUGGGUUUAUCAUUGAUGAUUUCGAUGCGAAUUAUAAUUGUGUGGCUGGAAAGACAAAUUCUGUGGUUGCACCGGGGCUUUGUGGAUGA